AUGUUGAAAAAAAGCAAAAGGGUAUGUUUUAGUCCUAAUGAUGUCAAUGAGAAACCAACCAUUUUUCUAAAGCAUGGAUACUGCAGCAAAGUGUUAAGAAACAGGAAGAGGCUAAUUGGAACUUGGACUUUCAGAUUUCGCUGCAGAGAUCCUAUUUUGUCACCGGUUAGAGUCCUAAUGAAGCUUGGAGCAAAGGUAGCAAGUUCUAUAAGAGCUGUUUCUUUAAGAAGAUCCUCUAGGAAGGUUUCUUCAUCCACUUUGGUAAGGUCACAUUCCUUAUCAAAUUCAAACCUCACUGAUUCACACCGUGCUAAAGCUGUAGAAGAUUGCAUUGAGUUCUUGCAUUCUUCUUCCUCUAGAGAGGUUCCUAGUUGA